AUGGAUCAUCAUCGCACGUACCAGACCACUGAUGCCGGCGUGGGGGCCGCCGCCGAAUAUUACAACUCGACGACGCCAAUCCCGGUCCCAGGCGCGACAGCAAUCACGCCUCCUCCUCCUUCCGGGUCUGCCCCGCCCCCGGACGUCGGCGGUCCCGGCCAGCAGCAGCAGCAGCAGCCCGGCCGAACCAGCCAGAACCACCACGCCAGCGGCGGCGCCGGGUUUCUCUCAUCAGCUCCAGUCGGCAUCAAACCGCCCCCACAGCACCAGCAGCAGCAGUACUACUACGACGACCACCACCACCACCACCACCACCAGGAGCCGCCGCUGGUGCACUCGUCGCCGCAGUUCGUGACGCCCGGCGAGAUGUUACUGACUCACCACUCGCCGGCUCCGACCACGACGCCGCGGGACCUCGCCGCCGUGCGGGCCGGUGCCGAGUUUGCGGUCAGGGAGUACGCCAGCCUGCAGCGGCGGCGGAGGGAUGGGGACGUCGAGGUGGGGGCUGCGUUGGAGGAGCAGAGCGGUGUGGUCGCCAUGGAGCUGGGCAGGCUGAGGGCCCACGUCAAGGAGAUGGCAGUCCUGGCUCGGCAGCACCGAUGGAGGCGGUGGUUAAUUGGAGGAUUUAUCGGCACCUUGAUCCCGGCCGUACGCAGGCUCUUCCGGCGGCCAGAGUCCAACAGCGAAGGCGCGUCCAACGACACCGAGUACGCCUUUUUCCACAGCAAAUCCCUCGUCCAGCGAGUGCUGGACUCGGUGCGCGGCGGCUGGAGUGGCAUCAGCCGGUUGGCGUCGGCCACCUUCCUGGUGUUUGCCGUCCUGUACGUCUUCCAGAACGAGGUGACGCUGCGGGUCGCCAGCACGCUGUCCAAGAGGCUCAAGAGGCUCUCGGCCAAGAUCGAGAAUAGCGAUAACUACGAGAUGAACGACAAGGACCUCGCGCUGUUGAGGGGGUGGCGGUGGAGGGUUCUGGCGAGGAGUUGA